AUGGUCACGGACUCCCAACCCACUCCCCGCCGCGGUCUCCUCGUCGGCAACUACUGUCACGAUGUUCUCCACCGCGAUGGCCGCGUCGUAGCCGAGACCCUGGGUGGCGCCGCCUCUUUCAUCUCCGUCAUCCUUGACGCCCUGUCCCUCCCCUUCCACAUCGUCUCCAAGGUGGGACCGGAAUUCGCUUACGCCGCCGCCACAUCCUCCCAUCCCCCAUUAACAAUCCCCACUUCGCGAACCACCCUCUUCCACGCCCACUUCGGUUCGGGCAACCCGGACCGCUUCCUGAACCGCGUCAAUUCCUGCGACCCUAUCCGACCGGACGACCUCCCGGUCCAAACCCGGUUCGCGUUCGGCCUGGCCGUCGGGGUCGGCGGGGAGAUUCUCCCGGAGACGCUGGAGAAGAUGCUUGAGAUCUGCGAUCGCGUGUUUGUCGACGUCCAGGGUUUGAUUCGCAGGUUCGGUCCCUCCGACGGUCGCGUGAGCCACGUGGCGCUCAGCGAGAGCGGGUUCCUCCACCUCUUGCCGCGCGUUGCGUUCCUCAAGGCCUCCGCUGACGAGGCCUCGUUCAUCGAUGUGGAGGAGGUCAGAAGGUGGUGUUGCGUGGUCGUCACGCACGGGGAGGAUGGGUGCGAGGUUUUUCGCAAAAACGGUGCGUUUCGUGCCGCGCCUUUCGGGGCUGAUCAGGUCGAUCCCACUGGCGCCGGCGACUGUUUUCUCGGAGGGUUCGCUGCUGGGAUUGCGAGGGGCUUGAACGUGCAUGACGCAGCUCUGUUGGGGAACUUCUUUGGGUCCUUGGCCGUGGCGCAAGUGGGACCCCCCAAGCUUGACUCCACCUUGCUUCAGAUGGUCAAGGAUGAGAUGCAGAAAAGGAAGGUGCAGGGUAUUCCCAGCUUAGAAAGUAGAGAUGAGUGCCCGAGGAUUCCGAAGCCACAUGAACAAGACCAGUUUUAUGCAUCUCUUGUUACUGCCAAAGACAUAAUUACACGUCAGAGUCAAGAAUCUGGACAGAUUCUACUAACCUCUCAUAAAGUGUUGGAGCAAACAACUAACGUGAAGGCAAUAAUGCUUCCACUGAAUUCUGUCUGCGAGGAAUCAAUUCCUAGCGUUGAUGGAAAAACCUAA